CAGCCAGGGCAGAGGGGGCAACCACCAGCAUCCACACCUCACGCAGAUGAUGAGGGUCCUGCGUCUUCCCCACUGUAGGACCAGCUCUCUCCAACCACCCCCAUGGCGGUGUUCACACCUCCUGGUUUUGCCUGACCCAAACAGCCACCCCACAACCUUGUGCUCUAGCCCAGUGAGCUUCCACCCCAGCAUCAAUAUGUGCAGGAUCAUCACUGCUCCAGUCAUGGCCUCCACUCCCCAGUAGUACAUCAGACACUAUGGCUAUCACCAUCCUCACUUGUUGGCACCACCCAUGGCCCUGCUGUGGAGACCCUCAUUACACAGGUACGCCUUAUCCUGGCACCACCUGAGGCCCUUGACCAUGACCAUCCUAUGCUCAGGGGAACCUGCACCUCCAUGCUCCAGAGGACCCCCAGGUACCUUGUCAUCCUUAUUCUUGUUUCUGGAUGCUCUCGGUUCCUUUGUCCCCACUCCCCAGACUCCCUAGACCUCUUGGCUGUAAUUACUCUGUUCUAGGUAGCACAGGUCCCUUCUUGUCCUAGAAGCCCCCCUGAUCAUCACCUUCCCCUGGUUUUGGGGACCCCCAGACCCUCUGGCCAUGGCCCCAUACCUGGGGCUCCCCAGGGCUUCCGCUGUCUGCUGCUCCUGGGGCUCCAUGACCACAGGGACCCCCUGGACCCAUUGGCCAUCAUGGUCCAGUGUUGGGACCUCCAUGGUUCACUACAGGGUGAUGUGUGCCCCCAGCGCUCCAUCUCCCGUUUACCCUCACCAGCGCUCCGUCUCCUGUCCCUCCCCCCCAGUGCUUCCUAUCCCGUUUACCCGCCCCCAGCACUACAUCUCCUGUGUCACCCCCAGCGCUACAUCUCGCCUGUACCCCCCCCAGUGCUACAUCUCCCGUUUACUCCUCCAGUGUUCCAUCUCCUGUGUCGCCCCCCAGCGCUCCAUCUUCUUUGUCCCCCCCAUCGCUCCAUCUUCCGUUUACCCCUCCCAGUGCUCUAUUUCCCGUGAACCCCCCCUAGCGCUCCAUAUCCCGUGUACCCCCCCAGCGCUACAUCUCCUGUGUCUCUCUCCAUCGCUCCAUCUCCCGUGUCGUCACCCCCGCCCUUCGUCUCCCGUGUACCCCUCCCAGUGUUCCAUCUCCCGUAUCCUCCCCCAGCGCUACAUCUCCCGUGUCCCCCUCCAGCUCGUCGUCUCCCGUGUACCCCCCCCCGUGUACGCCUUCCCUAGCAAUCCAUCUCCCGUUACGACGCCCCAGCGCUCCAUCUCCCGUUUAAUUCCCCCAUUCCCGGCCCGGGCCCAUUGUCCUCUUGGCACCCCUCGUUUCCGGCCCCGUUCCCACCCUCCGGCCCCGGCGAGGGGAGGAACCGGCCCGGCGGGGCUGUGCCCAGCCUCGCCCCAGCGCCGCCCUGCGCGCCCCGCACCGGCACCGGCACAGGCACCGGCACCGGCCCCGGCUCAGCUCGCUCCCGCCCGCCGGGUCCCGCCGACCGGGAUGAAGGUUCUCCGGCACAAGAUCGAGCUGCUGACAGGACUGCUGCUGCAGGAGAUGACCAUGGCGGGGCUGCAUGAGCUGCGCUUCACUGAGGAGAAGCCACUGCUGCGCGGCCAGGAUGCCGAGCUGGACAACUCGGAUGUCUUCCUCUCCACAGAGGACACGGACUGGAAGGAACAUGACAUUGAGACCCCCUAUGGGCUGCUACACGUGGUCAUCCGCGGCUCUCCCAAGGGGAAUCGCCCAGCCAUCCUGACAUACCACGACGUGGGCCUCAACCACAAGCUUUGCUUCAACACCUUCUUCAAUUAUGAGGACAUGCAGGAGAUCACAAAGCACUUUGUGGUGUGCCACGUGGACGCGCCGGGCCAGCAGACAGGAGCCUCGCAGUUCCCUCAGGGGUACCAGUACCCAUCCAUGGACCAGCUGGCUGCCAUGAUCCCCAGUGUGGUGCAGCACUUCGGGUUCAAGUAUGUGAUCGGGAUUGGUGUUGGGGCAGGAGCCUACGUGCUGGCCAAGUUUGCGCUCAUCUUCUCCGACCUGGUUGAAGGACUGGUCCUCAUGAACAUCGACCCCAAUGGCAAAGGCUGGAUUGACUGGGCAGCUGCCAAGCUCUCUGGCCUCACCAGCACGCUGCCGGACACUGUCCUGUCACACCUCUUCAGCCAGGAGGAGCUGAUGAACAACACGGAGCUGGUGCAGAGCUACCGGCAGCAGAUCAGCAGUGUGGUGAACCAGUUCAAUCUCCAGCUCUUCCUCAACAUGUACAACAGCCGCAGGGAUCUGGACAUCAACCGGCCUGGGACUGUGCCCAAUGCCAAGACACUGCGCUGCCCUGUGAUGCUGGUGGUCGGAGACAACGCACCUGCUGAAGAAGGGGUGGUGGAGUGUAACUCCAAGCUGGAUCCCACCAACACCACCUUCCUGAAGAUGGCUGACUCCGGUGGGCUGCCCCAGGUCACACAGCCCGGCAAGCUGACUGAGGCCUUCAAGUACUUUCUCCAGGGCAUGGGCUACAUGCCAUCUGCCAGCAUGACCCGGCUGGCGCGCUCCCGCACAGCCUCCCUCACCAGUGCCAGCUCGGUGGAUGGCACCCGUCCGCGUGCCUGCACCCACUCGGAGAGCACCGAGGCCAUGGGGCAGAUCAACCACACCAUGGAGGUAUCGUGCUGAGGUCCAUGCCUGCCGCCGACGUCUUCUCCAGAGCCAUCUCCUAUCCAUUAGCAUCCCACCAGCACCCGCCCGCCCUGUCAACAUCCUCCACCAGGGCCCUCGCUCCUUCGGGGUCAAUUUCUCUUCUUGGCCGUUGGCCUCAUCCCCUUGUCUGGUACCAGAGAAGGAGAGAGGCUUUGCAUCCUGGCCUUCAGCUUCUGGCUCCAUCCAGCGAUCACCAUGGUUCUCCAUCAGUCCUCACCCUCCCCAGCAUCGGCCUGGCUCUGGCUUGGGAGGGUGGGUGGCAGCGAGGACAGGAUGGGGGAGCAGGGGCGAGGUGGUGAGGUUUGGACAGGAUGGUGGGAUGGGAUGGGACAGCAGGACAUGGAGAGGACACAGGAGGUAGGUUGUUGCCCCAGUACCAACCAGUAUCUGGCCAAGCCAGAAGGAAGGCAGAGACAGGGAGUGGUGCUCACUGGGGGAGGUCACUGGGCCCUUCCCGGGGAUGGAGCUCCCAUUCUCACCACCAGUCCUCCUGAGGAGGGCUAGCACAGGAUCCCCAGCACACCCAGGACCUGCUGCCCUGGAGCUGGCCCAGGAUUGUGAGAAAUCACACCCCAAACUGCCCCCAUGCCCUGGUCAUGUACCCUGAGGGUUGCCUGGGAGCAGUGGGCUCAGCCCUGCUCCAGAAGCCAUCAGGGCAGGAGAGUGGCAUGGAGCCUCUGCCUCUGCUCUUGCCCAUGGUGGAACUUCCUUGGUCCCUUGUUGCAAGAAGGACAAUCACCACCUGCCACCACCACUACCCUGGGUUUGGGGAUAAAGGGGAGCUGUGCGCCCUGACUCACUCAGUCCCUGCCACACUGGCACUCCACCCCCAGCUCUUAGCCAGAGGCAACCAGGUUUGGGAUGUGACAUGGCAAAUCCCCCUCCAGUUUCACCACAGCCUGUGGGUGUCACCACAGUGGAGCCAUGAGCAAUAAGAUGAGACGCUCCCACCCCCCUCUGCAAUGCUGGGAUCCUUCAGCACUCUCUGCCCCGCAGGGUGCAUCACUGCAGAAUGCUGGCAGUGUGGGGAUGUGGGGAGCUCACCAGCGGCUGGCUUUGCCCACAGAGCUGGCCAGACCCAUAUUGGCCACCCCUGAACCCCACAUCCAUCCAGCAUCUUGCCUGCGCGCUGAGCGGGGCGUCUCUCAAGGGCUUGGCUCUCCUGAGCCAUGGGGCCCAUCCAGCCACUGGCUCCAGUGGAUCCAGUCUCUGCUGGGCAUGGAGAGCUGUGUCACUGCACAACCCACCCGGCCUCCGCUGCCAACCCUGCCCUGCCCCGUGCAGAGCCCGGGUCCUCCCGCACUAGGGGCAGUGGCAAAUGGGUGCUCAGGUCUUCAUGGUGAUUUGUGGGGGACUUGAGCAGGGACCUGGAGGGGACCCACAGGGUGCCACCAUCGAGGUGAGCAGAACCAGCCCCCAAAGUACCUGCCCCCAGGCCCCAUUCCCACUCUGCAGUGAAGGGCAUGGGGCUCCCAGCACACGUAUGAGGGCUUUUUGCCGUAAGACCCGUGCCCUGACCAUCCCUUAUCAAAUGGCCACCCCAAAACACCAGUGUCCUCAUCUGUCCCCUACCUGGUUCUGCCGUGUGCUUCCUUCUCAGUGUGACUCUGAAAGCUGCGUAGCUCCUUUUUACUGUAGAUACUGCUGUGAUCUCUUGUCUUCUCAGCAUGUCCUUCCAGAUGAUAUACAUAAAGAUAACUAUAUACAUGAUACA